GCCUGAGUAGAAGCAAAGACCAAAUAGAUGGCACAGGGAUGAGCCUUGGCAACAGGAAGGGAGUGAGGGUGACGGGGAAAUAUGUGCCGCCGGUGGACUGGAGCAGCAGUGGAAGUGGUCCAUCCAUUGUCCACGCUCCCACCAGGACCCCUUUACCUCCAGACACCCCUACUGUAAUCUCCAUUGGCCAUCUGCCUCAGAAGCGCCUAGAGCAAGUUGAUGAUCCCAGGGUGGAUGAACCUGCCGUUGGGGAGGACUGGACCAGAGGGGCGAGCGUCCCCCGGCAGACCAUGGAAGAGCUGAAGACCAUCUUGAGAGACAGUCCUCUACUCAGCUUACGGGGAAGAGUUGAUGGGAAGCCAGGGAGUCCUUACACGUACCUGCACGGAAGCAGCACCGGCGGUGGUGGUGGAAGGCCUGAUGGACGACAGGACGAUGGAAACCCUAACAGGGCGUUCAGCACCUUCAAACCCCACUCUGAUGCUUCCAGAAGGGGGCCCAGCUCCACAGAUAGCACAUCUAUUCAGUUGCUUUCCACCAUGGAUUCAUCCAGCUCAUUCAGGUCUGAUGUAAACACAAAUAGACAGCCUGGAGUCAGGGCAAACACAUACGCAAGCAUUGGCUCCUGCGAAGAGACUGGAGCUUCUGGUACAGAUAACGGAAGCGACAUUAUCGAGAUCUUUGGAAACCAGAGUUUCAUUUCAGCCAUGGAGCAGAUCAAACAGCAGAUCGCCAGAGAAAACGUCAACUUCGUCCGCUUCGAUGCCACCGACCUCCACGGGGUGUCCCGGUCCAAGACAGUGCCUGUUCGCUUCUUCCAUGAGAAAGCAGUAUAUGGGGUGCCGAUGCCGAGAAGCUACUUGGAACUGACCCUGAGCCCUAAGAGCAAUGAAGUAGACCACGCCAACACUGCCAACUUCAGCAGUGAUGUUCUUCUGAUCCCGGAUCUUUCCACCUUCAGGGUCUUACCCUGGGCUGAGCAGACAGCCCGGGUCAUCUGCGACCCCUGCACGGUGACAGGAAGCCCCCUUCGCACUUCACCUCGCCUGAUCGCCAAGCAGCUCCUUGGCCAGCUCCAAAGCUUGGGAUUCUCCCUGCACUCAUCCUUCACUUAUGAAUGCUGCGUCCUCGGAGCGCCCGACCGGAUCGGACCAAAGACACUCAUGUUCCCAGCCACCACCCUGCUCAGCAACCACGACCUGCCUUUCUUCCAGCAGCUGGUGGACAGCAUGUAUUGCAUGGGCGCAGACGUAGACAGCAUCGCUUCUGCAAGCGGCCCCGGCCAGAUGGAGAUUAACCUGAGGCCAGAGUUUGGGAUUUCAGCUGCAGAUAGCGCCUUCACCUUCCGCACCGGCAUCAAAGAGAUGGCUCGUAAACACGGCUACAUUGCCAGCUUCUUCACCGACGAUGGCCUCUACAAUGCUGGGGUGCUCUCUCAUAGUUUGUGGGAUGCUAAUGGGCGACGUAGCCUCUUCCACAGCGGGGAGAAGGCAGGCGAGCUGUCAGAGAUUGGCAGGAAAUGGCUAGCCGGGCUUCUCACCCACUCUGCUGCCCUGAGCUGCCUGAUGUCGCCGGGCCUGGGCUGCCGGAGCCACAUUGCCAAGACGAUCAAAGACCCCAAACAAAUCCUUUGUGCCACCUACGGCUGCAAUGAUAACAGCAGCUCCUUCAACAUUAAGUGUCACGGAGGCAGGGAGACGCACAUUGACAACAAGCUGGGCUCAGCCAUGGCCAACCCUUACAUUGUGCUGGCUGCUACUGUGGCCGCAGGACUGGACGGCAUCAGACGAAACCUGAACAUCGACAGCAGUCUCAACAAAGCCCCCAGUCAACAGAGGGAGUUCCCCAUUCCUGUGAAGCUCGACGAAGCUCUGGAGGUACUGGGGGAGAAUCACGUCAUCCGCAGCGCCCUCGGAGAGCCAUUUGUUCAGUAUUUCAUUGCCAUGAAAAAGUUUGAGAUUGAGACCCAAGAACUGGACGAUGAGAGGAACAAGUGCUUUGAGUAUUUCAUCUAG